UUCUACAGAGAAGGCGGGACUUCCGGGAGGCGCGUUCAGUUUCGAACCAACGUCGCUGACUUGGGGGGAGAUCUCGAGUUGUCCAGCACGGGACGUGAGCCGUCAUCGCGGCUAUGGCCAUGGCCACUACGGCCACGGCCGAACCCACGACUUUUGGACAAGCGGUGAUCGGGCCUCCGGGCUCGGGGAAAACCACGUACUGCCUGGGCAUGAGCACUUUUCUGGCGGGGUUGGGCCGGCGAGUAGCCGUGGUUAACCUAGACCCGGCCAACGAGGGCACGCCGUACGCAUGCGCCGUGGACAUCGGCGAACUAGUGACGCUCCCCGACGUGAUGGAGGCGCUCAAGCUGGGGCCCAACGGCGGCCUCGUGUACUGCAUGGAGUACCUGGAGGCCAACCUGGACUGGCUGCGCGAUCGCCUGGCGCCGCUCCGCGGCCACUACCUGCUCUUCGACUGCCCGGGCCAGGUGGAACUGUGCACGCACCACGGCGCCUUGCGCAGCGUCUUCGCGCAGCUGGCCCGGUGGGGCUUCCGGCUGACUGCUGCUCACCUAGUGGAUUCUCACUACUGUACAGAUCCGGCCAAAUUCAUCUCUGUGCUGUGUACUUCCCUGUCCACCAUGCUGCAUGUAGAACUGCCCCAUGUCAACAUCCUCUCCAAGAUGGACCUCAUUGAACAGUUUGGGAAGCUAGCUUUCAAUCUCGACUACUACACUGAAGUCUUGGACCUCUCCUAUCUGCUCGACCACCUGGCCUCAGACCCCUUCUUCCGUCAUUACCGACAGCUCAAUGAGAAGCUGGUGCAGCUGAUUGAAGACUACAGCCUGGUCUCUUUCAUCCCUCUCAAUAUCCAGGAUAAGGAAAGUGUCCAGCGGGUGCUGCAGGCAGUGGACAAAGCCAACGGCUACUGCUUUGGGGUGGCCGAGCAGCGCAGUCUGGAGGCCAUGAUGUCUGCGGCAGUGGGAGCUGACUUCCAUUUUACCUCCACGCUGGGAAUCCAGGAGAAGUACCUUCAGUCACCAGAAGAGGAGGCAGAGGAACAAGAGGACAUGCACUUGUAGGGGUGAGAGCAGAGGCACCCCUGGAUCCAGAAGAGGAGGGCUCCUGGCAGGCCGGCUCUGAGCAGGGCCAGGAUCGAGGUAGCCGAGAUGUCGACCCCGGAGCUGCUGUGACCCGGUGGAGCACUCGGGAGCCUCAGAAGGAUGCCCCGAGGUGGGCGUAGGUGGGCACGGACCUCGGCGGUGGGCUGGCCUCAGGUUGGCUCUCAGGAUUUAAAUCCUGUUGGGGGGAAUGGAGAACCCUGACCCCACCAGUAAGGGAGGGUCCCUUGCCAUGAAAGUUCCUUUAAUUAACACAUGAUUUGGCAAUCUUCUGUUUCCUCAGCUUCUUUUGUCGAAUUCUAGAUAGACUGCUUCCCAUUUCUCUGGCGCUCUGGAGUCCCAAGGGAUUCCUCCAAGUAUUCCCAGGAAGAGAGAAAGGCUGAUCUUUUUUUAACCAGACUUGUUUUCCUCCAGGUAGAGAGCUCUUUCCAGGGUAGAACUGUGCCCACUGUGCCCGGGUGGUUUGGGUGCCCGGAGCUCCUCUGCGCAGGGAGAGGCUGCAGUUGGGAGCUGACCGGCGGGGGGAAAGUGCCAGGGUGCUCAGGAUCCCGGGUGCCUGACCUGGCGAGGCACUUCCUGCAGCCCUCACUGGGGCUCCUGAAGCCUUUCUGGCCUGGGCGGACUCCGUGCGAGUUUGGGAUCUCCGCCGUGGGAGGGAGGCCACGGGCUCGGGGUCCCAGGGCCGGGAACAGAGCGCAGACUUUGCCAGCGACCCCGGUCCGCCUCCGUUUCGCCAUCUGCAAAGUUAAGCAGUUGGACUGGAUGACCUCCGAGGGCCUCUCUGGCUUGAAACCAGUUACCCCAAGUCAGCUCCAGGGUCCGAGUCAAUCUGUCCUCCAUCUGGGAACAAGAACUGGGAAAGAGACGCUGUUCGCGGUGGUGGCCAGUAGGGGGCAGCCCACAACCGCUUGAUUGACAACCGUUGGUGAGGGGACAACGAGGAGAGUCCUUGAGUGCUGGGGAAGGGCUGGAGAAGGAGGUGAGCUGCAAAGCUGGAUGCAAACCCCACCUCAGCCAUUGCCUUGCCAUGGGCAGGGACUGUUCUCAGAGCGCCUGGCACACAGUAGGUGCUGCUUAAUACCCACUGACCAACAAGGCAGGCCUCUGAAUCGGAGAUUUCUGCCUUUAUUUCGCGUGCUGGAGUCGGAACCCUCUCCUAGCUGAUGAGAGAACAGAACUGGUUCUGGCCUGGAAGGAGCUCUGGGCCUCGGGGAGGCCAUCCCAAGGAAACCGGGGAAGUACCUGGGGGGGCUGGGUCCUCCGGGCGUUCCCUUGGAAGGCACCUUGGGGAGGAAUUGGCCCCCGGGGGGUGGGGGGAUCCUUCACAGGGAUUUAGGGUAGAUGGAAGUGGAGAUGAGGGGGUUUUGAAGGAGUCUGGGACGACCAGGGCAGAAGGUGCUUUGAGGGGCCGAGAGAUGGCCAGCAGAGUUGGUUUCCCCAGAGCAUCCCCACACCCCUACUCUGCGGGGGAUAAUAACCAGGUGCCUCUUUCCCCGGUUUCUUUCAUCUGGGGAGUUCAAAGAAUCUCACCUCUAUUAACUGUUAGCACAGUAGGUGGCUAGUAUCAUCUCAGCAGCCCCAGAACCCAAGGCCUAGGGGCCAUGGCCUCCAGCCUGUGAGUCAGCCUCGGGCCUGGAUAUCCAGGCUCUCUGACGCCUGGGCUGUUGGCCAGCUGUGGGAAAAUAGGGGUGGAAGAAAGGGCGAUGUUGCUUCAAGAGCUGGCCCCUGAGGCUGACGGGCAGCAGUUAGACCCUUCACUCUCCCCAGAUAAUCUCUUCUAACUGUGGGGGCCUGCACUGUUCCCUCUCCUCUACAUUUCAGUGUCCAUGAGGGGAAUCAGUAAUUCAAGACGUUUCAGGUCUUUGAAGCUCAGAGGUUGGUAGAGCUGGCAGGUAUCUUGAAAGCCAUCACAUCCAAAAUCCUUCAUUUUACAGAAACUGAGGCUCAGAUUCUAUGACUUGCCCACAAUCACUCAGCUAACGUCAGGUUCAGGAUUUGAACUCGGCCCUGAUUCAAAUCCAGUGACUUAUCUAGUACACAGCCAGCUCACAUAAUUAUGGUGUACUAGGAUUAUAGAAGCAGUGCCUGAUGGGAGAAGAAACCUUUGACAGGGAGAUUUAAAUACAAAGGACCUCUAACAGACCAGACAAGAGGUAAUGAGGGCCGGAGCCAGGGUGGUAAAGACAGAAAAAGAGAUUAUAGCACAGAUGUGGGGGACACAGAAAUGACAAGAUUUACUAGUUGAUCAAAACCGUUUUAGGUGAGGGCGUCCAGGAGGGCAAUGAGAUGAUGCACCUGGGAGGCUGGUGGCAGGGAGAUUGUCACAUAUACAAUCCAUUUCCUGUUGCCUGCUCUCUCGAGGGAUGAGGGAGGCAGAGAAUUUGUACCUCAAAGUUUUAAAAAGUGAAUGUUAAAACUUUGGAUGUGUAAUUGGGAGAUAUAUUUAACAAAAGAAAAAUUAUUUAAAAAAACAUUAUAAAUAAGGGAGGGGAAAGGAAAUGAAUUUUGUUUUUGACAUGAUGAAUUUGUGAGGUCUGCCAUAUAUCUAGUUCAAAAUAUCCAUUAACCACUUGAUGACAGAGGACCUCACCUAGGGCCUUGAAGAACAUCCAUCAUUGGUGAGCCUGACGUGGCUAAAGGUCCAGUAAGGGACACGGAGGAGCACUCAGACAGCUAGGAGGAAGUGGGGGAGAGCAGUGUCUUGAAACAAAGAGGAGAAAGUAGGAGAGAGCAUCCAAGGGCCCCAUUUACUGGAUCUGGCAGGUAACUGAUCACUGAUCUCUUGGUUUAAAGUGGUUUCAGAUGAAUUAAGGUUCAUUGCAGAGAUCUGAGAAGAGAAAGCAGGGGAACCAAAUACAGGCUUUUCCAAAGACAUUAGCAAAGAGGAAAAAAGAAAUAGGGGGUAGCUAGUAAAGGUAACAGAUUCUCAAGGAGCUUUUUUAAAAGUUGGGGGAAGAUUUGCAGGUUAAUAGGGAAGGAACCAGUAGAACAGAAGACAGAAGAUUGGAGGUGAGAGGCUAAAAGUGGGGGAAAUCCAGAGAAGGAAAGGAAUCGGAUCAAAGGUUGACCUUGGUAAGAAGGUGGGCCAACUCUUAAUGUGAGACUGAGGAAAGGAGGUCACUGGAGAAUGAUGUCAGGGAGAGAUGAGAAGGGAAGAAGAGAAAGCUCAGAAGAAAUGGCCUCAAUUUUGUGGUGAAGAAUGAAGCAAAAUCUUGAGCUGAGGGGAUGGGGGAUAGGAGAGACCAAGAGAAGGGAAAGUUUGGAUCAGACACUAUGGAGACUGGGAAAGUGACUCUUGGGAAGAAGGAGAAGGAUGGUCUGGGGCAAUGAAGGCCCAGUUGAAAUUAGAUGUUAAUGUAAAUUUGGCAGCAAAGUUGGAUGAUUUCCUCCAGCUCUACUUGACAUUGCAUGAGGAGCAAAGGAAGUGGAUUGUGGGAAUCAUCCUGGGUUAGGGCUUGACGAAAUGUUAAGUGGCAACAGGACAGGGGGAUGAGGAAUUUGAGAUAUUUAGAGGGUCAGGAUUGGGAAAGGAGGUGAGCUGGGGUGGUAGUCUGAGGAAGGGCUGGGGGAGUAGGUUUAAGAGGAAGAAGGAAAGAUGGAAAAUAGAGUGUUUAGAGUUCUUGGAUUGUGGGGUGUGUAACGGAAGCGCAAUGUUUAUGGUUGAUGCAAGAUCAAAGGAAUGACCAAUUGUGAAUAUAGCUGAGGCAGCAUUAAGAAGAACAGUGGAUCAUGGGAGCUGAGUAGAUGGAGAAAUUCCAUAAACCAGACUCUGAGCUCAUUGACAAGGGAGGAAGAAUGACCCAAGGGGUGGUAACUACCAGUCCCCAGGAUGGGGGGGUGAUUGGGGGAGAAUGAAUCCCAAAAGACAUGAGGUGGUUGAGAGAGACAGCAACAGAGAGCAAGGAGAGGUGGAGGGGAGGGAGAGGGGUAGUCUGUGCAGGACAGGGGGCCAUGGAGGCAGUGAUGGCCCAAAGGGGGCCAGGGCUCAGCGGGGGCCAGAGAGCUCAGGAUGUCUUAAGUGAGUUUGCUCAUGACACUGACAGUUCCAGAGGGCAUGUGGGAAGAGCGGGAAGGGGACAGAGGCAAGUUGAGGGAGUAGGCCGCCAGGUUUGGGAGGGUGAGGGGGUGGGCAUUGUUCCUUGGAAGCGUCCCCUUCAGUAUCCCUAGGGAGGGGAAAGAAAAAAAGGAUGGAUGGAUGGAUGGGGACGAAUCCAAGCAGAGUCAGGGCAUAUGAGGAGCUGCCCUAGAGCCAGCCUUAGGCAUGGAGUCAGGAAGUCCUGAGUUUGAAUACUUCCUCCAAAACUGCCCAGCUGUGUGGCCUUGGUCAAGUCACUUACCUCUGUUUCCUCAACUGCGUGAUGGGGAUAAUAAUAGCACCUCCCUCCCAGGGUUGUGGUGAGGACCUAGGGAAAUAUCUAUAAGUGUUUAUCUUGCCUGGUACUUAUGAAAUACUUAAAAAUGCUCCUUUACUUCAUUCAGCCUCAGUUUCCUCAUCCAUAAAAUGGGGAUAAUAGCAUCUCUCUCUCCAGGGCUUUUGGGAGGAUCAAAUAAAAGAAUAUGUGUGAGUGGUUCCCAUGGUUCCUGGCACACAGUAAUAGAUGCUUGUUUCCUUCCUUCAGCCUCAAUUUCUUCAUCUGUAAAAUAGGAAGAAUAGCAGCAUCCACUCCCCUGGGUGGUUGUGAGGAUCAAAGAAAAGAAUAUUUGUGAAGUUCUCUGAACUUCAUAUAUAUGUGUGAAAUGUAUGUGAAGUACAUAAUACACAUGUAAAUGCUGGCUAGAACAUGUCCAUGGAACUGGCAUAAGUGUUGAGUCAGAGCUGCUGACUCGAAGCAAUCAGCAAACAUUUAUAGGUAAGAAACGACCAACAGGAUGAUUUCAGAAAGGCCUGGAAGGACUUAUGAACUUAUGCUGAGUGAAAUGAGCAGAACCAGGAGAUCAUUAUAUACUUCAACAACAAUACUAUAUGAUGAUCAGUUCUGAUGGACGUGGCCAUCUUCAGCAAUGAGAUGAACCAAAUCAGUUCCAAUGGAGCAGUAAUGAAUUGAACCAGCUACACCCAGCGAAAGAACUCUGGGAGAUGACUAAGAACCAUUAUAUUGAAUUCCCAAUCCCUCUAUUUUUGUCUGCCUGCAUUUCUGAUUUCCUUCACAGGCUAAUUAUACAAUAUUUCAGAGUCCAAUUCUUUUUGUACGACAAAAUAACUGUUUGGUCAUGUAUACUUAUUUUGUAUUUAAUUUAUACUUUAAUAUAUUUAACAUGUAUUGUUCAUCCUGCCAUCUAGGAGAGGGGUGGGGGGAAAGAGGGGAAAAAAUUGGAACAAAAGGUUUGGCAAUUGUCAGUGCUGUAAAAUUACCCAUGCAUAUAACUUGUAAAUAAAAAAAAAUAA